UGCAAAACAUACGGUUUAUAAAGCGUUGAAAUGUUUUGUUUAUAUUUUUGUUGAUUUAAUUUAGAAAUCAAUGUAAAUGUGAUUCAAGUGUUUGUCACUCAACACAACCCUUAUUAUCAUUGCAUAGAAGUGUAGUCUUAGUGGACAAGAAUCUGGUGAUGGACUCAAUCCCAUCGGUGGCCAAAGAGGCAGUUCUGGUGAAGAGUCACGCGAAGUGUGCGGACAAUGACUCGUCAGUGGAUCAGAACGGAAGACACGCGUCGAUGGCAUCCAUUCUGGACUCAUAUCCCACUCAAGUGAUGGGCUAUGACUUCAACCAAGGGAUCAAUCACUCGGCGCUACUCCAGACAUAUCUGACCACCGGUUUCCAGGCGACCAACUUUGGACUCGCUGUACAACAGAUCGAGACUAUGCUGAAGAGUCGCGACGAGCCAUACGAAGAGGACCUCUUGGAAAGUGAUCCGUUUAUUCGCCGAAAGAGCGGAUGCACUAUAUUUCUGGGCUACACAUCAAACAUGAUAUCUAGUGGUGUGAGGGAUACCAUCAGGUUUCUGGUCCAACACAAAAUGAUUGACUGCAUUGUGACCACCGCUGGCGGCGUAGAGGAAGACAUAAUCAAAUGUUUGGGUGAGACAUAUGUCGCCGACUUUAACAUAAGUGGCAGUCUUUUAAGAGACGAAGGGGUCAACAGAAUCGGCAAUCUAUUGGUUCCGAACGAUAAUUACUGUAAGUUUGAGAAUUGGGUUCAACCGGUUCUCAACCAAUUGCUGAGCGAACAGAAAGACAGCCAACAGAUAUGGUCGCCGUCGAAGAUCAUCACCCGUUUGGGUGAGAAGAUUAACAACGAAGAGUCGAUCCUGUAUUGGGCGGCCAGGAAUCAGAUACCGGUCUUCUGUCCGGCGCUGACCGACGGCUCGUUGGGUGAUAUGAUAUACUUUCAUACGUAUAGAAAUCCGGGUCUUGUCAUCGAUAUUGUUCAGGAUAUCCGACGGAUCAAUACGAUUGCAGUGAAGGCCCGGAAGUCAGGGAUGAUUAUAUUGGGCGGCGGUUUAGUCAAACACCAUAUUUGUAACGCUAACUUAAUGCGAAACGGCGCCGACUUCUCAGUGUUUGUAAACACAGCCAAUGAGUUCGAUGGGAGCGAUGCGGGCGCCCGACCCGACGAAGCCGUCUCGUGGGGUAAGAUUAAGAAAGAGGCGAAACCCGUCAAAAUAUACGCCGACGCGUCGCUCAUAUUCCCACUACUGGUGGCCGAAACGUUUGCGAGGCAUCACCACUACAGGUGUGCUUAA